AUGGAUGAUGCAUCCCAUGAGCUCAGUUUGGGACAGGAGACAUGUACAGAUAAUAAUACAGUUAUUGAUUUAGAGCUGUUGGGAGAAUCAAAUACAAUGACACGUAAGGUAAGCAGCAUGGGAGAACAUAAAGAUCUUCACGUUUCGGAGGUAGAUCAGCAAGUUGAUCCUCAAAAUGGAAAUAUUAAUCAAAAAAUGUUUGAUAUGCUGGUAUCAAUAAAUACUGAAAUGGGUGUAAUGAAUGGAAGACUUGGUUCACUAGAAAAAGAUAAUAAGCAAUUAAAAGAGGACAAUCUAAAGUUAACUGAAAAACUUGAGGCCAAAUUUGGUUCAUUAGAAGGUAAAAUGGAUUGUUUGGAAAGCAAACUGAACACCUUUGAUCAUAAACUGGAAAAUUCUAAGAAAGAAUUAAAGGCGGACUGGGAGACUCAAUUAAAUGCGAAAUUUGGAGAACUAGGUGUAGAGUUUUCUAACACCUUAGAAAGGCAACAUAAUAAUUUAAUGGGAAAACUUCGUGAUGUAGAAAAGAAAUAUGAGGUAGUUUCGAAGAGUUAUGAUGGCCUGUCCAAUAGGAUGGUUAAGUGUGAAAGUAGCUGUUUCAAUACUAGCGUACAGAUAGAAGAGCUUUCGAAACAAAUAGUCGAGGUUGAGUCCGAUGCUCGUAAGGGGAUUGACAAGUAUUUGGUAGAUCAAACUAAAAGACUUGACGAAAAUCUAUCUGAAUGGAUAGAAAUAAAAGGAAAUGAAAUUGCAGACAAGGUUAAGACUACUAUUGGAUCCCAGCCAAAUGAAAAUAUCAAUGGACACCUAAGUAGAAAUGAUGAGUUAAUUAAGAUCUUCACUUGCGAAAUUCAGAAAAUAAAAGACAAAAUAGUUGAUGAGUUCCCUAAAUGGCAAAAGGAAACCAAUCAUAAAUUGGCAGAGUUAGAACAAAAGUCAUCACAAAAUUUGUUGACUGAGGACAAACGUUCAGAGAAUAGGUCGAAAAACAACCGAACAUGUGAUAAUACGAAGUACAAUUGUGGUGAAAAUUUGCAUUGGGAAGUUGAUGAUUCGGUCAAACCCGCAUCACAGGAGCGUGGACAAUCUUCGUCCUAUGGUUACAAUAAAAACAAUGAUUAUAAUAAAUAUAGAAGAGAUACUUACUGUGCUAGAGGUAAUUAUGGGGGUAAUGUCAACCCAAUAAAUCAGAUUAAUGCUGUACAACUUAAUCGUAAACAUCCAUAUGGUGACACGAAUGUGCAUCAAAAGCCUGACAGAUAG